AUGGCCAGAGGAAUACUGUUAUCAGUGUUGUGGGUGACGCUUCUUCUGUGUCGGUAAGCGAGAGAUAUUUUCUGGGUAUUUUUCUAUAUUUUGUUGUGUUUUGUGCGCUUUAUUUUGUACCAGUUGUUGUCAAAACGUUUUGUAUAUUUGUUUCAAAAUUUCAGGUUUGUACAGUUACGACCAAUUACUCUGGAUAGCGAUGGUAAAAAGGUAUAUUUUAAAAAGCCGAUUUUAUCUUCUAACACAACAUUUACUGAUUUACUCAUUUCAAAUAUUAUAUUUUAUACUUGUAAACAUAGGUGAAUCAUUGCGCUAGACGACUCAGUUAAGGGGUGUGACUGCAGCAUGGUGUGAGUUCUUGCAAAUGCAAUGAACUUUGACCCAUAUUUUUUAGGCUGAAUGAAUAAAAGUACCACCUUCUUUCCUGAUUUGUUUGCUGCAAACAGAAUUAGUUUUUUAAAAUUUCCUUUGAAAUUACAUUUUUAGUUACUAAAACUGCAUUGUUGUAUUCUUUUGAAUAGAACAAAUUCUCGCUCAACUUGAAGAUAUAUUCUUUGAAAAUUUGACUAUUAUUCGAUCUACCCUGGUUCCAGAAGUUCUUUGCGAGGCGAAAUAAACAAGAGGCAAGAAGGGAGAGCCUCUGGCAAAGCCUCUGGUCACAUUGGUUGCAAAUCCCACUUCCACACUUGAUUAGGUUCAGAAUUUGAAUCUCGCAUGUGAUUGGCCGUUUGUAAAAAUAUGUCAAACCGGUUUGGGAAAUAAACAUCACUGUAAGCUAAGUAAUGUUUAUUUCACAAACUGGUUUGACAUAUUUUUACAGGUGGCCAAUAUCACAUGCGAGAUUCAAAUUCUGAACCUAAUCAAGUGUGGAAGUGGGAUUUCAGCAACCAAUGUGACCAUGCAGAUCGAUGCUCUAUCCUUCUUGCCCCUCAUUUAUUUCGCCUCACAAAGAGCCUCUGGAACCAGAGUACUAUUAUUCAAAAUUAAUAUAACAUAAAAUAUAGUUUGAACUAAUCUAAUGCUGACUAUAAAUCUACCAAUGCCUUAUUUAUAUUCAAUUGAGUUAUGCACUUGUCUUGUCAAUUGUAACCCCCAUCCCCCUCUAAACAAGUCUAGUAUGGGGACAUGUAGGGUGGUUUCACUCUUUUGACUCUUAGUUAUGCCUGACUAGGCAGGGGAUUUUCCUGGUUUGUGGAACAUUAUAUGUGGGAAUGUAUACAGCCCGCUUGCAGGUUAAGAUUCCUGUUCAAUGGUCCUGUUGAGCCUCAGAGCCUGAUCUUUUUAAAUUAAAGUCAAUUUUAUCUGGAGCAGGUAAUUUUUCAAAUUGUGCCCCGAUGGGUUGGGGGAUUAGACAGGAUUAGUUAGGUCAGCCUGCCUCAGGGGGUGGGGCAAUAAGUUCUUUGUAUGUUUGCAUGGCGAUAAAAUAUAAUAGUUUUGUUUGUAGAAACACCACGUAAAUUUAUUACUGCAAUAAUUAUAAGUAAAUAAUUAGGUGGGGCAAUAGUUAUAAGUAUGGAUAUAUUAAAAAUCUAUGUCCCCACAUUUCCCCGAGGUUGGGGGAGGGGGGGGGGUUUAUACAAUUGACAAGUGCAUUAAUUUGUGCUAUUUCAGUGUUCAUCCAGUGUACAAAUUAAUUUUACAAAUCUUCUCUCCAUGUCUAUACUCUAUCUAGGUGGAUAAUUUUGGUAAUACAGCUGAGGAUGAUACUGAAAAAAUGUUUGAAAAUUUGGAUCGGGAUGAAAGUGUUGAUAGUGGUGAUGGUAGAAAAGUUCAAAAUGUUAAAAACAACAAAAAGUGAGUGGAGAAUGUGUUACCUGAAACAGAAUGUGCACUUCAAUUACAAAAAAAAGUCUAUAGGCCAGGCCCAUAAGGCCAACCUAUAGGUUUCUAUGGGAAACCUAUAAUAGGUUUUUAUAGGCAAUACACCCAGUCUUUCGAUUAUGACGUCAUUAAUGGCUUGCGAGCCUCACUCUAAUGAAUCGUGAGCCAAUCACCUUGCAUAAUUUACUUAUGAGUGCGAGGCUCCUGAGGACCAAAAAGUGGCAUAAUUAUUGAAAGGGUGUAUUCGAACAUUGACCAGCUAUAGGGAUUAGAGGUGUCCGAUUGGAUUUGUUCGGAUUUCGGAACAAAAAUAUUUAUUUCGGAUUGGAUCGGAUUAUUUGAUAAAGUUGUUUCGUAGUCGGAUCGGAUUGGACUUCUAUAUUUGAAAUAAAAUGAAUUAAUUAUAUAUAAUAAUUAUUAUUUGGUUAAAUAUUUCCACUUGAAUGAGAAAUUCAUUUUAUUAAAGGAUUCUUCUGAUCGGAAUUCUUUAUCAAAACUCGGAUCAGAUCGGAUUCGACAAUUUCGGAUUGGAUCAGAUUUUAAACAUUAGCCAAUUGUCGGAUAUAUUAUAAACGUCCAAUAUCCGAUCCGAUGUGCACACACCUGUAAUAGGGAUGCCUAUUUAACAAUAAUUUGCAUAAAUAAUUUACUUCUGUCUGAUUUUCAUGCAUGCAUUUUGUUUGGAAAAGCAAUAGUUACUGCUCAGAGCAGUCUGAGCAGUAACUAUUGCUUCAGAGUUACUGAUGAGGGAGCCAAUCAGAAUGCUAAAAAAUAUUCCUAACAAAAAAAGUCUAUAGGCCUGGCCUAUAGGCCAACCUAUAGGUUUCUAUAGGAAACCUAUAGGUUUUUAUAGGCAAUUGGAACAUUUUCUAUAGGUGACCUAUAGGGAUGCCUAUAAGCCUAUAGAGCUCUAUACUGGUGCCUAAAGGCUUCUAUAGGGAAUUGGAACAUUCCCUAUAGGAACCUAUAGGCCACCUAUAGACUUUUUUCGUCAGGGUAGGCCAUUUUUCAAUACUGAAAUUACACUAAAAGCCUAUAGAGCUCUGGCUAAAGGCUUGUAUAUGGAAUUGGAACAUUUCCUAUAGGCACCUAUACUGCAUGGCCACCUAUAGACUUUUAUUAUAAGGCCCAUAUAAUAAAGUAUGUAGUGAUCAUUAUAAUUUAUAAAUAAUUUUGCAAUAUAUUACUAUAAGAGCCCACGUGAGCCCCCUAGAUGAGCUUAAAUAGCUCUUGGGGCAAACGAUUAAAUAUGUUUAAAUAAAUAAAAAAAUAAAUAAAAAAAUAAAUAAAUAUAUUAUAGUUAUUCCAAAGAGAGUGCAAUAUUAUACACAAUAUUAUUAUAUUUUACUAUUACCUGUAUAGGACCCAUUACACUUUACCCUAUAGACUGCAGAGCAGUGUUAAUUGUUACGAGUCAAGUCGAAUACAAAAAUGCAUAAAAUUAUUAAGAUCUGUGACUAAUGACUCGAGCGAGUCUAAUAUGAAAAAUGACUUGACUCAAGUCAACAGCCCAAAAUGGCUCGACUUGUUAAUUUCUGCCGUAAAUGACUCGAGUCUACUCAGCUACAACUUGUUCAGGAUAAAUUCAUCAAAAAAUAUUGUAGUUGAAUAGGUUGGGAAGAGUCCUGAAAGGGCUUGAGGAAAUAAAAAGUAAUUCGCGAUGCAGAUAUAGCCAUGUUUCCACACUGUAGGGAAAUUUCUUUAGGCAUUUUUGUUCACCCACCUUUUUGUUCACCAUACAAUAUAGCCUCACCUCAGACUCAAGUCAACCAGAUAGUGAAAUGACUUUGCUUGUGACUCAACCUUUGCAUGACUUGACUUGUGACUUGACCUGUUGGUGACUUGUUACAACACUGCUGCAGAGUAAUAUAGCAAAGUAUGGUGCAUCAAUCUGGUUAUUAAUUAACCAUUUAUUCUCUCUAAUGUCCUUGGGUAAUCUUGCUCAUUAUAAAAACCUCUUAGAUGUCACCAUUGACAUCUUAGCAUGCAAUUAGUAACUUUACAUAAUUACAAAGUGUGUUACAGUACUUAAUUAGCAACAAAGAUUUACAAAACUUAAUUAGCAACAAAGAUCUUAUCACCAUUUGUAUCAAUUUAUUUACAGAAUUCCACAUGGUGUAACAUCUACUAACAAUCGGAACACAGGCGAGCCAAUGCUGACCAAUAAUGAAUAUAUAAUACCAGAGGAACCCACAGAAGUCGAUGAGGAAGGUAAUGAUUUUUUUUAUCAGAACACAGCGAUCAUGGCAAUUUACAACAAGAAUAAAUUGGAAAACUCAGUAGCACGAAGUUUCCUAUACAAAUAGUAUUAAUUUACACGUUUAGUGUGUAUCUUCAUGAUCAUCAUUCUGUCGUCUGCUCAUAAGUCAGGCCUCUUUGCACCUUUCUCAAACCAUAUAUUAGGCAUAGCUAAUUGUCUUCUUCUUCUUUUUGUUAUUUAUUUUGAGGUAUUUCUUCACACAAUCUGUCAAACAUUUCCAUGAUCUACCACGUGGUUGCUUUUCAUUUUCCUUUCCAUUACUCUGAUCUACAGUGAUAUACGAUGUUGCUCGAUCUCAUCUUCUAGAAUGCUCAAACCAUCAAUUGCUUCCUCGAUCUUUUGUAUCAUCACUAUUAUUCACGAUAAUCACCAAGCUAUCCUGGUUCCAGAGCUAUAAAUAGCUAUUAAAUUAGCUUACCAUACUGUUUAUUUCCCAAACCAGUUUGAUAUAUUUUUACAAAUGGCCAAUAUCACAUGCGAGAUUCAAAUAAUUUCUGAACCUAAUCAAGUGUGGAAGUGGGAUUUGCAACCAAAUGAUGUGACCAGAGGCUUUAUGGUAUCAUGCAAAAAAGAGUAAAUGAACUUGCUGUUUUAAAACUGCAUGCAUGACUAUUCUUUCGACACAAAAAAGAAAAUAUGAAACGAAAACGUUUAACGAAAAUUUGGCGAAGAAAUUUCGAACGUGCCGUUUGCCGUUCCCGGAAACGCGAAGCUUAAACCAGUGGCUUAAACUCCCUAUUAUACGGCAGUGGCGGAAAUCUCGGUGGGGCGGGGUGGCGACCGCCCCCCCCCCCCACCUUCACGGAAAAUUGACGGAUUUUCGGAAAUUUUGACCUAAAAGAGGGCUAAAAACAUCCUUUUCGAAUGCAAAUGGGGGGGGGGGGUCGGAAAUUUGAAAGUUUUGUCGGAAAUUUAGGAAGCUUUGUCCUCCCCCCCCCCCGGAAAAAGUGAAUUUUUGCCACUGCCAAUCAGCGUGGAGAAUUGUCAAUAAUCACCUAUGUAAUUAUCAACCUCGUCCCCAGGGCCUAUUGAGGAAGGAGGCGAAGCCUUAGCUGCCCUUCGCAUCUUUCCUCAAAAGGCCCUGGGGACGAGGUUGUGUAAUUAUACUAAAUACUAAUAAUAAUAGCAUGUUUUAAUAUGCACACUACUGUAUAGGUACACCUGAGGAUAUGCCUUCUUUUAACGAAUGGAAACGAAAAAAAUUCGCUCAGGAAGAGGAGAAAAAAGUUCCACAAAUUAAUGAGAAAGUCUACGAACACAUGAUUGAUCACAAACUGAUCAAUCAUGCGUCCGUAGACUGCGGGGCCAAUAUCCAAGAGAAGAACCAGGAGGCCCGAAAUGCAAAUUCGAUUCUCCUGGAAAACAAAGAUGCAUACAUGUUGAAUCCGUGCAGCGCUAACGUAUGGGUUAUUGUUGAACUCUGUGAUCAUGUUCAGGUCAUAUCGUUACAGCUUGCGAAUUUUGAAAUGUUUUCAUCGACCAUUGAGAAAUUUCAAGUGUCGUUUAGUACCAGAUAUCCAACACGAGAGUGGAGUCCAGUGCAGGAAUUUGUUGCCAAACCGGAGAAAACCAUACAGACGUUCACGAUAGAUCCAACGUUUGCCAAGUACAUAAAGGUAUAGUAAUUAAAGGUUACAUGUGUGGGCAAGGUAAGUUCAGUAGGUAGGCUGCUUACCUCCAAAUUAACGAAGGGCCUUUGAUCGAAAUGUCGACGUUUUCUUAAUUUUUUCCGGUAGUUCCGAGAAAAAGGUGGAAGUACUGUCCUCACGUGUGUUAGGUGAAAUCAUAAUCAGAAAACUGCAUAUUGCAGGAAGCCGGGUCACAGAGGUGAUUUAGAUUUCUUUACAGUCUAACUAUAUGUAAUUGCAUGGAAGCUAAAAGUAAAGCUUGGAAUGUUGAAACCUCAGUGGUUGAAACUGGUUAAAAAAAUUUUUAACCAGUUUCAAUUUUCCAAGCUUUACUUUUAGCUUCCAUAUACGUUUCCCACUGCUUGCAAUUUUAACAUUUUUCGAACAACUAUAUGUGUUCUACAGAAAAUUUUUUUUGGGGGGGGGGGAUUAGCCACAUGCACCUACCACCGUGCCAACCUCGCAAGCAAGGGCCUCCACACCCGCGGCGGGACGGAGACCCUUGUAAAGGCUGGUCACAUGACCUCCAAGAUUCUGGGAGGUAAAUCAAAUUAUACUGAGGGAGGGGUGGUUGAGGAGCGGGUCUGAAAAUUUCUCAUAUUCCCCAAAUGAGAAAUUUACAAACCCGCUCCUCAACCACCCCUCUCUCAGUACAAUUUGAUUUACCUCCCAGAAUCUGGGAGGUCACGUGACCAGCCUUUACAAGGGUCUCCGUCCCGCCGCGGGUGUGGAGGCCCUUGCUUGCGAGGUUGCCACCGUGCAUCACUAAAUGUCGGACAUAUUGUUCCAAUACUGUUGGCUAUAAAAUAUAGCAGCAAUAAUGACAUAAAGGAUUGAACAAUAGUGUUCAACGUUGCUUUCGUUAACCGUAACUUAUUUUAAAAUCCGUUUUCCUUGUAGGUAGAGCAGUUAAGUCACCACGGCUCAGAACAUUACUGUCCUUGGAGUUUACUUCGCGUCUAUGGUAACAGCAUGGUUGCAGAAUACGAAGAGCAUGAAUCAUCACAAGACGGCAACCCCAGUGGGAUUCACGAAGAUCUGAACACUUCAUCUAACACCACUGAAGAUAAACAAAUUCCUCAAGGCAUUCUUAAAAGUGUCAUCGAUGCUGUAUUGAACUUUGUCAAAGAAUUGGUUAAGAAGCUAAUUGUCGAUACGGAAGACGGUACGAACUCGACCAGUAAUAUAGCAAAUACCACCAAGUAUCCAGAAGAUAACUACAUCCAACCGCCCCUGCCGAUCGUCCAACUUACGCCACGAGACGAUUAUGAAGCCAGUUAUCAUGGGAAUAAAUUGGAUAAUGACGAAACCUCCAACACGUGUUUGUCAGGAAGCGAGUGCGAUUCAACGGAGUCUAUCCCUAAUUCUCAUCAGGCUUUUCUGGAGAUUGUCCAUAACAUAUGCAGUCGACGUUUGAAAUGUGCUGAGGCGUUUUAUGCUAAUUUUAGUAAAAUUUCAGCUGCCAAUACCACAAACGAGGAAGAAAAUUUGAGUAAAAAUACCAAAGAGAGAAGUUUAAAUCAGGAUUUGGAAAAAGCUGACAGUCAAAUUUUACCAGAAGAAGGGUAUCCUAAAGAGAAUGUAAGAGUUAGUGAUUCUACCGUAUCUGAUGUCAUUGAAAAGCAAAAUACACGAAAACCUGAAAACAGUACGAAUUCAAGUCAAACUAUGCCUCCUGAGACUAAUUCAGCUUCGAAACCAGUUUACACAGAUAUUUCCGCAAUCGCUGGUAACCCAUUUACUCCAAUCGUAUUACCUAGCAGUAAAACUAGUAACAGGCUCGAGAGUAGCAGUGUCAGCGGUGUAACAAAGUCAAUUGAUGAGUAUGAUUUUGACCGUGCCGCGGCACCAACCCAUUCAGCACAACCACCUUUAGCUGUAAAUGACAAACCAAAUUUGGUGGAGCAACCAACAUAUCAAUACCAAGCAAGUUCAGAUACCAAAUCUACACCAAGUGAGAACGUAGGUUUUAGUAGAGCUAGCGAGGGUCUCCCCAAGGUCAGUGAUAGCCCAACAUCGACUUUAGACCAUGGAACUAUACCUUCAUCGAGUAUUAUCACAGAGGCAGUAAAUGGAGAUACUAUUGUACACGAGCGUUUACCUGGGAAUAACAAGGAGUAUGAGCGAGAUUUUAAAGGAUCACCUAGGAGUAACAAGGAUCAUGAAGAUGUACCGAACCCACAUGUUGAUGUGCUAAAAAUGACCCUGACCGAUGCGGAGACUAAAGAAGGUACGGCUGAACCAGAGCAAGCCAAUGAAGACCUAGCCUGUGAUUCCAAUAGUAGUAUCAAAGAAGAGGAAACACCUGAGGUAAAUAGAUAUAAAAAAGAAUCCGCCUCGACCAGAACUUAGAAAAGAAUGCGAUGAAUACUUUUCUCAAAUAAUAUUGUAGAUUGUUUUCGUGAAUUGUCAGGAAUUUUAUUAGAUAUUUUCGUGCCAGUACCGGAAAAGGAUUCCCACUGAUAGUUUAGUCUUGAACAUUGAUAGUGAAAGUUUUCAGCUUCUGAUGCUCUGGUAUUGUAAGAAUGAAUUCAGCUUAUUCUGUUAAAUAAGUUGGUUAUAUUAGGACGGGUUAUAUUAUUUAAUCAGGCUUUUGUUAUAAAGGAGGAACAGGACAAAAUUCGAUUUCUUGAAAUUUAAAGUCCGUUUAUUUGCAAUUACCCAGUCAGAAAUAUGUUCCAAUUAUAUCAACGGAUUUUAAGUUUUUGUGUGUUUGUUUUUUUUAUUUAGAAUAUGUGUAGUAUCAAACAAGAUUCGUCAGGACAAUGUAAGAUGAAAAAUGUCACAAAUUCAAAGAUGCCAGAGAAAGCCAAGUCUUCAAACAAUGAUCCAGGUCCUGUCAAGCCAGUACCCACCCAUGGCAAUGCGAUGAGUAAUGUCAAGAAAGAAUCGCCAUUGGUUACAUUGGGAAAGAAGAUCAAAGUAUUAGAACAGAAUGAUUAUAUGAUGAAGUUGUUCUUGGAAGAACUCAGUGAAAGGUACGAUACAUUGACCCAGUUUGUAUUAGAGACAGGCGAUGCGGACGAACGUGAACAAAGGUAUAAGAUAGUUUCUGUGAUAAUUCCUUCGUGUAUCGUCAUCAACUCUUGUUUUCGCUCGACCGGAGCAUAUAAGAGUUGAGAAAACUCUCAUGCGAACUCUCGCUUGCCAACUCUCAUCAACUCUCGUUCUCAUUUGACAACAAGCUUGCCCGGUGUGGGUAUACACUCAGAGUAACAUCACAAACAUCAUAUUCACCUGAGUACAUGGCACCAACACAGAAAAAAUCAACAAUUUUAUACUUUUCUCCAGGUAUUUCGGUAUAUAUGAUGUAUAUAUUAUAUACAAACACUCUUUUUAUAAUCUUUAUUUUUUCGCUAUAUGUUCAGAUAUCGAGCGUCGAUGAAUGAUGUGAAGCGGAAGAUGAAACGCAAAAUGGAAGCAAUGGAGAUGAAAAUCUUGAAGUUGUCUAAGGAAAACAAAAGUCUUAGGAGAAUGGUACGUGUAACGUCCAUAUAAAGUAUUAAUGCUGCGGUAUUCUAUUAAGUCACUUGAAGAAGAUCCAGGCCAUGCAAGUAAUUGAAUUUUGUUUUUCUUUCAGUAUUAUUCUCUGGAAUCCACAAUCCUCACCCUGACAAACAGGAUAGAACAACUGGAAGAGAAUGAAACAACUUCUAGAUUAAUAGUUGCCAACCAACAACAGGUAUGUAGAGCAUUCUUGCGUUGCACACGAGAGCCUAAACUUGCCAGCUUGCCUAGCUAACCGCCUCGUGUGGCAGCUAAAACGAAUUUACUCGAAUUAUAGUCAAAAUUUCUGUAGAGGAGGUGCUUGCUUGCAAUUUGUUGCUUUGGAGUUUUUCGCUUCAGCAGCUCAAUUUUGCCUUUCGUGCAUGAUGUAUUCUGAAUGCAAUAUAAAAAUUAAUGCCCAGCAUAACGUACGCAAAAGAGCCAUAUAGACAAGGAUAUAGACAUAAAAUUUAUUUGAGAAGUACUA